AUGGCGCCUAUCGCCAUCUCCCCCGAGCGGGAUGUUGGGCCUUUGAACUCGCUCACAACCAACUUUGACGAUACCAUUCGCUUCUACCUCAAUGGCACCCGGGUCGUGCUAGACGAGAUUGACCCCGAGGUAACUCUUUUGGAGUACUUGCGAGGCAUCGGUUUGACGGGAACCAAGCUUGGAUGUGGCGAAGGCGGUUGCGGUGCCUGCACCGUCGUCAUCUCCCAGUUCAAUCCGACGACGAAGCAGAUCUACCAUGCGAGCGUAAACGCUUGUCUGGCACCCCUAGCCAGUGUCGACGGCAAGCACGUAAUCACCAUCGAGGGCAUCGGAAACACAAAGAGGCCACACCCCACCCAGGAGCGCGUGGCGAAGAGCAACGGCAGUCAGUGUGGUUUCUGCACCCCCGGCAUUGUCAUGAGCUUGUACGCUCUGCUACGUAACAACGACUCGCCCUCGGAAGAAGACAUCGAGGAAGCCUUCGAUGGCAACUUGUGCAGAUGUACCGGCUACAAGCCUAUUCUCGAGGCCGCGCAGACAUUUAGCGUCGAGAGGGGAUGUGGAAAGGCGAGGACGAACGGUGGUUCGGGCUGCUGCAUGGAGAAUGGCAACGGCGAGAAGAAGGAGGGCGGAUGCUGCAUGGACAAGGCAAAGCUUGAUGACCAACCUAUCAAGAGAUUCACGCCCCCCGGCUUCAUCGAGUACAACCCUGAUACCGAACUCAUCUUCCCACCCGCCCUCAAGAAGCACGAGAUGAGGCCGCUUUCGUUCGGCAACAAGAGGAAGAAGUGGUACAGGCCAGUAACACUUCAGCAGCUGCUGGAUAUCAAGAGCAUACACCCUGCAGCCAAGAUUAUCGGUGGCAGCACCGAAACCCAGAUUGAAGUAAAGUUCAAGGCGGCACAAUACCCCGUCUCCGUUUUCGUUGGGGACAUUGCCGAAUUGCGACAGUACGAAUUCAAGGAUGACCAUCUAGAGAUUGGAGGAAACGUCGUCCUGACAGACUUGGAGCACAUCAGCAAAGUGGCAACGCGUCACUAUGGAGACGCUCGCGGCCAGGUGUUUGAGGGCAUUUACAAGCAACUCAAGUACUUUGCUGGCAGACAGAUUCGCAAUGUUGGUACCCCUGCCGGGAAUUUGGUUACUGCAUCGCCCAUCUCAGACUUGAACCCGGUACUCUGGGCAGCCAAUGCCGUCUUGGUGGCCAAGUCUCAGAGCGAAGAGACCGAGAUUCCCAUGUCACAGUUCUUCACAGGAUACCGACGUACAGCACUUCCUCAAGACGCCAUCAUUGCUUCCAUCAGGAUACCCGUGACGGCUGCCAAGAAUGAGUUCUUCAGAGCAUACAAGCAGGCCAAGAGGAAAGACGACGACAUUGCCAUCGUGACCGGUGCUCUACGGAUCAAGAUGGACGACGAUGGCGUAGUGACCGAGUGCAACCUCAUCUAUGGUGGAAUGGCGGCCAUGACAGUAGCCGCGAAGAACACCAUGGAGUACUUGGUGGGCAAGCGCAUUGCCGAGCUCGAGACCCUCGAAGGAGCAAUGAAUGCCUUGGGAACCGACUUUGAUCUGCAAUUCAGCGUUCCGGGAGGCAUGGCUUCGUACCGAAAGGCGCUCGCCUUCAGCUUCUUCUACCGUUUCUACCACGACGUCAUCGCCAAUCUCGGUGGGAAGAGCGAGCAUAUAGAUAUCGAGGCGGUCGACGAACUUGAGCGUGGCAUCUCUGGCGGAACCGAAGACCACGGCGCGGCUGCUGCGUACGAGCAGGAGACCGUGGGCAAGUCCAAGAGCCAUGUUGCCGCUCUGAAGCAAGUCACUGGAGAGGCCCAAUACAUCGACGACAUACCGGUGGCGAAGAACGAGCUGCAUGGCUGCUUCGUGCUGUCGACAAAAGCUCACGCAAAGAUCAAGUCGAUCGACUACUCUCCCGCACUAAACAUGGCUGGUGUCGUCGAUUAUAUCGACAAGGGCGACGUCGAUUCACCUGAGCAGAACCGCUGGGGCGCUCCCCACUUUGACGAGCUCUUCUUUGCCGAAGGCGAGGUCCAUACUGCUGGUCAGCCCAUCGCUAUGAUUUUGGCUACUUCAGCGUCGAGGGCAGCCGAGGCCGCACGUGCAGUCAAGGUCGAGUAUGAGGACCUGCCAUCAAUCCUGACAAUCGAAGAAGCGAUCGAAAAGGACAGCUUCCACAACUACUACCGAGAGAUCAAGAACGGCGACACUGAAGAGGCAUUCAAGAACUGCGAUCACAUCUUCACCGGCACGGCGCGAAUGGGUGGCCAGGAGCACUUCUAUCUCGAGACGCAGGCUUCAUUGGUAGUCCCCAAGCUCGAGGAUGGCGAGAUGGAGGUGUUUUCCAGCACCCAAAACGCCAACGAGACACAAGUCUUUGUUGCUCGGAUGACGGGCGUAGCAGCAAAUAAAAUCGUCGUUCGCGUCAAGCGACUUGGUGGUGGCUUCGGAGGCAAGGAGACGAGAUCAAUCCAACUGAGCGCACCGCUCGCGCUCGCAGCGAGGAAAACUAGGCGGCCGUGUCGCUACAUGCUGACGAGAGAAGAGGACAUGGUCACUUCGGGGCAGCGCCAUCCGUUCUUGGGCAGAUGGAAGGUCGGCGUGAACAAGGACGGCAAGAUACAAGCGCUGGAUCUCGACGUCUUCAAUAACGCCGGCUGGACAUUCGACUUGAGCGCGGCCGUCUGCGAGCGAGCAAUGUCCCAUUCGGACGGCUGCUACAGGAUUCCCAACGUCUUCAUCCGCGGCCGGCUGUGCAAGACCAACACCAUGUCGAACACGGCCUUUAGAGGAUUUGGCGGACCUCAGGGCAUGUUCAUUGCCGAGACUUACAUGGAGGAGGUUGCGGAUCGAUUGGGCAUGCCAGUCGAGAAGUUCCGUGAGAUCAACUUCUACAAGCCGUUGGAGCCGACGCAUUUCAACCAGCCCCUGACUGACUGGCACGUACCACUGAUGUACAAGCAAGUUCAGGACGAGGCAAAGUACGAGCUGCGGAGAGAGCUUAUCCGGCGCUUCAACGAUGGCAAUAAGUGGCGCAAGCGCGGCCUAGCCAUCAUCCCGACAAAGUUCGGUAUCUCCUUUACUGCCCUCUUCCUAAACCAGGCGGGCGCUCUCGUACACAUCUACCACGACGGAUCCGUCCUGGUGGCCCACGGCGGUACGGAGAUGGGUCAGGGACUGCACACGAAGAUGACGCAGAUCGCCGCACAAGCUCUCGAGGUGCCGCUGGACAACGUCUUCAUCUCCGAGACGGCGACCAACACGGUGGCCAACGCCUCAGCGACGGCCGCGUCGGCCUCGUCAGACCUCAACGGUUACGCCAUCUACAACGCGUGCGCGCAGCUCAACGAGCGCCUGGCGCCGUACAGGGAGAAGCUGGGACCCGGCGCGACGAUGAAGGAUCUGGCGCACGCCGCGUACUUUGACCGAGUGAACCUCUCGGCGCAAGGGUUCUACAAGACACCGGAGAUCGGGUACACGUGGGGCGAGAACAGGGGCAAGAUGUUCUUCUACUUCACGCAGGGCGUCACGGCGGCCGAGGUGGAGAUUGACACACUCACCGGCACGUGGACGUGCCUCCGGGCCGACAUCAAGAUGGACGUCGGGCAGUCCAUCAACCCGGCGCUCGACUACGGCCAGAUCCAGGGCGCCUUUGUCCAAGGGUUAGGCCUCUUCACGAUGGAGGAGUCGCUCUGGCUCCGCAACGGGCCGAUGGCGGGUAACCUCUUCACGCGGGGUCCGGGAGCGUACAAGAUCCCCGGGUUCCGCGACAUUCCGCAAGAGUUCAACGUGACGCUGCUCAAGGACGUGGAGUGGAAGGACCUGCGGACGAUUCAGCGAUCGCGGGGCGUGGGCGAGCCGCCGCUGUUCAUGGGCAGCGCGGUGUUCUUUGCGAUCCGCGACGCGCUCAAGGCGUCGAGGGCGCAGUACGGGGUGGCGGCGACGGUCGGGGAGGACCGGGAGGGGGAUGGCCUGCUCAGGUUGGAGAGCCCGGCUACACCCGAGAGGAUCCGGCUAAGCUGCGAGGAUCCGAUUAUGAGGAGGGCCAGGGUGCUGCCGAAGGAGGGGGAGAAGAGCUUUUUCGUAGCCAUUUAG